ACUAGAGGCAGCGUAUUGUUUCUGGGGGUGUACCUAUUUUCGUAGUACCGACCUUGCCUUCUACCCGAAGAUGGCGGUGGCUUUGAAGGCUGCAUGUAGAGGACCUUUCAGAGUCUGCUGGAACUUUGGAAGAGCCGGUUUCCCGUCGCUUCUUCAGACACAGAGAGAAAUUCCACUUCCACUUGUGCGAUGUCAGGGUUCACAAAGCAUCAAAUCUCCGCCCCGGUCAUGUGUUCCACCAACAUCUUUGUCCAGACCACCCUGGCCAGAGGUCUCAAUCAUUGAUCCUGUGGAAGAGGCCAAACAACAUCAAGAUGUUGUUUCUAAGGUCAGCAACAUCCUUGCUGAAGGAAAAUACGGAAGGCUGUUUGCGGUUGUCCAUUUUGCGAGUCGGCAGUGGAAAGUAACAAAUGAAGAUUUAAUACUCAUUGAAAACCACAUAGAUGCUGAAUGUGGAGACAGAAUAAGACUUGAAAAGGUGUUGCUGGUAGGUGGUGAAGAUUUUACACUGAUUGGAAGACCACUUCUUGGUCGAAAUUUGGUUAGAGUUGAGGCUACGGUUAUUGAGAAGACAGAAUCCUGGCCACAAGUGCACAUGCGGUUUUGGAAAAGACACAGAUACCAAAGGAAAAGAAUUAUUGUGCAGCCUCAGACAGUGCUUCGGAUCAACACAGUAGAAGUAGCCUCAGGACUGUGUUAGGAUUAAGCCUUUCCUUGUGCAUUUUCUAGUUUGUGACUCUGUAACUGCUUCUUUACGAAAUUAAAAAUGUUACUCCAUAAAUGAAAA